UCUUAUCAUUCAGAGGGAAAACAACUAUUUAUUUGAAAUUAAAAUGCAGUCUAAGUUGUUCUUGCUAGCCGCCAGUCUGACUGUUGCGCUGGCGCGGCCUCAAGAUGGUCACGGUCACGGGCACGCGUACUCCUCGCAGAGCAUCGUGCUGCACUCGCACGGACACGAGCUACAGCCGGCGCAGCUCACAUAUCAACACCAGCCCGUGCUGCUCCACAAACCGGCCCACGUUGAGAAGUACGAGGAGAAACAAGACGACCACCACGAGGACUACUACGCCAUCCCCAAGUACACGUACGAGUACAAAGUGGAGGACCCUCACACGCACGACAGCAAGUACCAGCGCGAGACCCGCGACCACGACGUCGUCAAGGGCGAGUACAGCCUGCACCAGCCCGACGGCAGGAUCAGGAUCGUUCACUACACUGCUGACAAAAAGAAUGGAUUCCAAGCUGAAGUGAAAUACGAGGGCCACGCUAAACACAUCGUACCUGAACAUCACAGCCAUCACUAAUUACCAAUUGUUGUUAAUUAAUUAAGGACCUUGUUAUAUUAUGACCUAUUAAUAAAAUAUUUAAAUUAA